CUUUAGUUGCUGCAGAGAUCAGCUUCCUGCUGCUUUCUGCGCUUAGCUUAGCCGUUAGCUUAGCAUAGCUCUGACAGGCCGGAAGCCUGUCUCAGCUGUCAGCUGCUUACUUCCGGGUUCUUCACCCAGCUCAGGCUAACCUCCACUCCUUCUUUCUCCUCCAGGAGCAGCAUGGAGGAGACCAGCAGGGAGGCUGUAGCCACCGCGGUGCAGCGGGUGGCCGGCAUGCUGCAGCGGUCCGACCAGCUGGAUAAGGUGGAGCAGUACCGGAGGAGAGAAGCCCGGAAGAAGGCGUCUGUGGAGGCCAGGCUGAAGGCGGCGAUCCAGUCCCAGCUGGACGGCGUGCGCACCGGGCUCACCCAGCUCCACACCGCUCUGCUGGACGUGAAGGACAUCCAGAGCUCCCUGGCCAACGUCAGCAAAGACUGGAGGCAGAGCAUCAACACCAUCGAGAGCCUGAAGGACGUGAAGGACGCCGUGGUCCAGCACAGCCAGCUGGCCGCCGCCGUGGAGAACCUGAAGAACAUCUUCUCUGUCCCAGAGAUCGUCAUGGAGACCCAGCAGCUGAUCGAGCAGGGCCAGCUGCUGCAGGCCCACAGGAAGCUGAUGGAGCUGGAGUGUUCCCGUGACGACCUGAUGUACGAGCAGUACCGCAUGGACAGCAGGAACACCCGCGACAUGAACCUCAUCUGUGUCCUCCACAGCAAUGAGAUGAUGGGACAUCCGGACCUCUGCUCAGAGUUCGACAUCAACCAGCUGGAGCCGCUGCUGCCGCAGGAAGUGGUGGACGACCUGCUGAGCAAAUACGUUAAGACGUUCACGUCUAAUAUAACCGGUUGGCUGCGGAAAGCCUUGGAGACCGAUAAGAAAGACUGGAUGAAAGAAACGGAGCCUGAGGCGGACCAAGAUGGCUACUACCAGACCACGCUGCCAGCCAUCGUCUUUCAGAUGUUUGAGCAGAACCUGCAGGUGGCGGCCCAGAUCAACGGCGACUUCAAGGAGGAGGUUCUGAAGCUGUGUCUGAAGCAGAUGAACUCCUUCCUCAUGAGGUACCGCGAGGAGGUGGUGGCCUACAAGGAGGAGCACCUGAAGGACCGACAGCUGCCUCAGUGCUACAUCCAGUACAUGAUCGCCAUCAUCAACAACUGCCAGACCUUCAGGGAUUCCAUCAACAGUCUAAAGAGGAAGUACUCGCAGUCCUCGGAGUCCUUCGACAGCGAUGCCGCCAUCGACAGGACCCUGGGGGAGGUGGUGAAGGAGGGCUGCCACUUCCUGCUGGACGAGGUCUUCUUGGACCUGGAGAACCACCUGAAUGAGCUGCUGACCAGGAAGUGGCUGACGGGUUCUCACGCCGUGGACACCAUCUGUGUGACGGUGGAGGACUACUUCAACGACUUCAACAAGGUCAAGAAGCCCUUCAACGAGGAGAUGACCAACGAGGCGCUGAGGAGGGUGGUGGUGGAGUACCUGAAGGCCGUGAUGCAGAAGAGAAUCACCUUCAAGAACGCCGACGAGAGGAAAGAGGGAGCAGAGAGGAUGAUCAAGGAGGCCGAGCAGUUCAGGUUCCUGUUCAACAAACUGGCAGCGGGCGAGAACACGGAGCGGCUCUGCGGCGCCAUCGCUGCCGUGGCCGAGGUCUUCAAGCUGACUGACCCCACGCUGCUGUUCCUGGAGGUCACGACCCUGGUCUCCAAAUACCCAGACAUCAGGGAGGACCACAUCCAGGCGCUGCUGGCUGUGCGCGGAGACGCCAGCAGGGAAAUGAGGCAGAUGAUCAUCGGGACCCUCAGCGAGAACAAAGUGUCGCCCUCUGGUUCCACUCAGCCCAUUUUCAAAGACAUUACUGUUCCCACCAUCACCAUGACAACCAUGACCACCAUGACCUCCAUGGCAACCGCCAAGCUGCUGAAAUAAAGCCAGCUUUCUGUGACCAACCCAUCCCAGUAACUCCCACUGGUUCUGACUGGUUCUGACUGGUUCUUCUGCUCUGGAUGGGAACGUUCUGUGGUUCUGGACCGGAACCGCAGAACCUUAGGUGGGUCCAACAAGUUGAUGGAACCUCUGAACCCACCUGAGAAGAUGUUGUUCAGGUUCUCCACGGCAACGGCCAGUUUAACCAGUGGAAGGCUAACGUGCCGUUAGCCCCCAGAGGCUAAAAUCCUAGCCGGUCCAUUCUGACAGGAACAGUCCAGUACUCCCAUUAAACCAGUAAGGCCUGAACACUCCCACUGCGUAUAGAGAGGCUCUGACUGGGCAGGAUCAGCAGAUCUACGCUGAUGUUUUUCACUUCUAUCUGCUUUAUCACUACAUUACAAUAAUUUCUCACAUUUGACUGAAAGUUAUUAAAAAUAAAUGAAAUAAAAAACUACCGUCUCAUUCUAUAGAGCAAAGCUCUACUUAACGAGUCUGUUCAGCAUCUAGAACCAGAACAAUCAAUCAAUCAACUAUUUCCAUUGAGGUU